CCUCUUCGAGCGCUGUUGCCUUUGUACAGAAGAGCAAGACGGAGCUCUUACAGGUUUUGCCGGGACUGGUUUUUGGCCUUAAAUCUGAACAGGGCAGGGUGGAGACCAGGAAUGUGACGCGGCGCCAUACCACACUCUGUGGACUGGGGGGAAAACCGACUCUUCCCGAUUUGAACAUCAAGUUAUCUGAGCGGCGACUCCACACAAAGAUUUUGCCCCCUGCUCCAUCAUGGCCCAUCGCUCCCAGUGCUCUUCAGUGGGAGACAACCCUCUGGAUCCUAACUAUCUGCCACCACAUUAUCGGGAAGAGUACAGACUGGCAAUAGAUGCUCUGGUGGAAAACGAUCUCGAGGGAUAUUAUAACUUUAUACAAAAUGCUAAUGUUGUUGAGUUCCUGUCAAGAACAGAGAUUGAGCACAUUAAAAAUACUGUGCAGUUGCCACAAAAUGUUGCAUCUGUACCAGAACUACCAUACCAUGAAAUGAAUCAGGACGGCUCAUCAGACACAUACUGGCCAUUGCACUCUGACGUGGAUGCUCCAGGUUUGGAACUUGGUUGGCCACUGCAACAACAUAGUUUUGUAGGGCCCACUGAAGUUACAACACCUGAAAUGCCCAGCAUCAAGGAACAAGCCAGACGUCUCAUUAAAAAUGCACACCAGGUCAUUGCAGUGGUAAUGGAUAUGUUCACAGAUAUUGAUAUAUUUUCUGAUCUGCUUGAUGCUGCUCAACGGCACGUGCCCGUUUAUAUUCUACUGGAUGAACAAAAUGCCCAUCACUUUAUUUCCAUGGUGACAAGCUGCAAAGUUAACCUGGAUAUGGUCCAUAUGAUGCGGGUGAGGACAGUUGCUGGCAUUACAUAUUUCUGUCGCACAGGAAAGUCAUUUAAAGGGCAGAUGAUGGACCGCUUCCUUCUAGUUGACUGCAGGGCAGUGCUCAGUGGGAACUAUAGUUUUAUGUGGUCUUUUGAGAAGAUACAUCGCUGUAUAGCUCAUCUGUUUUUGGGAGAACUUGUGGCCACUUUUGAUGAGGAAUUUCGCAUUCUCUUUGCUCAAUCCCAGCCCCUUGUUGUUGAAAAUUCCCUUGUGCCUAUGCCACCUGACAGCACGAGUGGUUACUUAAGCAACCAGUUUGGAUUAAAAAGGUCACAAUCUCUGAGGAAUCCUCGAGGAUUUCUUCGGCACCCUGAGCUUUUGGGAUACCCAUUUGGAGGAGACCGCCUUGAUACUCCUCUGCCUUUCAGAAGAGAGGACUCAUUCCGCCACUCCCUUGAGCCAGGAGGUGUUGUAUUGCAGGCUAGCAAAUACAUUUCACAUCAGACGAGAAUGCAACAGUCUUUCUUGGAGCAAGGCAGGCCAAUAAUUACUUCACGUCAGCUAGAAAGUAACUCGUAUAAAAGGCAUAGCUAUGCUGAAGGCACUCGUGAGAGCUACUCCUCUUCUCGACAGUACAUGAAGCAACGUGUCAUGAACAACUUGGAUGAGAUGGAAGCACACUAUCAGAGAGACCAGCAAUUCUAUCAAAGUGAGUGUAUAGGACCAGAAACUGGGCGGUUCGACUCUCUUCGGAGCUCUAGUCUUUACCAGCUAGAUCAAUACUCUGACCCUGUGCAUCAAGCUGAACUAGAAUCACCAGAUAACCACAGUGUCCUAUCCUCCGAAGACCUUGGCCAUGAUCCAGAAAGUAGGCUUCAUCAAGGCGUGGCUCGUUUUGGUCAAUCAAAUCAAAAACGGCCAACUCUCAGUCAUGCAUAUGCCUGUCAGAGCUCACCCACUCAACUUCAUCCUCUAGAUCAUAAACAAAUGUUCGCUGGUGGAGAGCAGGGAAGACAGUCCCAAGACCCAAGUGUUAAGCAGGGAUUACGGAGCUGGAGGAUCAACUCCUAUCUUAAUACUUAUGAAAAUAAUGGGGAAGAGGGCUUGCAACAACCUUUGGGUCCAGAUGCUUUUGAUGAGCCACAACAACAACAACCUGAAAGCAGACAAUACAAUCCAGAGGUUCCAGGGUUUUGCUUUAACACACAAGAACCACCUGCCAUAAAAAGCAAACCAAAACUUGACUUACGGCUUCGCUUUGGUAAACCCAUUUUACCAGACAGGAAACAAGCAAAAGAUGUAAUCACUGAUCAGGCUUCUGCAGGAACGGAUUCUCAAAAGAAAUCAGCUAUUACAGCUACACCACUCACAUCAGCAGAGACUGACAGUGAAAAGGAGAUGGAUUUAAAGGAUUCAAAAAAUGUAAAAGAGAUCAGCAUCACCAAACAUGAAUCAUUCCGGAGCCGUAUCAACCCAGUGCUGCAGAGGAGCUCACGAUUACGCUCCUCCCUCAUCUUCAGUUCUUCUAAGGUAGAGCAACACAGCUCUGCAGUUUCUGGAGACGCGCUACAAGAGGAUGACGAGAAUAACCCAAUUAGAACAUCUUCAAUUGUAGCAGAGAUUUUAGAAAAGAGGAAGUCAUUUUCUAGGGAGCCUUUUGACUGGAAUAAGCAUAAAAAGAAAGAAGAAAAGGACAGUAAGGAGGUGGUACAAGAAGAGGUAACUUCUAAAACAGAGCAGGACCCUGCUAAGAACACUGACGAAAUUAAAGAGCAAUCUAAGAAUCCUGGGCUUGAAGUAAAAGACAUUACAAAACAUACAGAGCCUGCAUUGCCAAAACCGACUAGCAUCACUUUGGACAUGAAUGAUCCAGAAAGCCGUCUGCAGUACUUUAAAGAACUGUCUAUAAAGAGAAAGAAUUCAAAAACAGAGAAAGCUUUAAAUACAAGUCAAGAGCCACGUUCAAAAAAGCCAGAUAUUCAACCAAGCACAGCAGCAGUGACAGUUUCAUCUGUUUCAGUUACCCCUGCAAAUCCUCUCUCAACAACAGCAACAUCAACAGUAACAUCAACAGUAACAUCAUCAACAACAACAACAACGGUACAAACAGAUUCUGCUGAAAAACCCUUUGUGGUAAUAACAAAGUCAGGGCGUGGUGAAGAAAAAUUACACAUGGAUAGUUCUGUGCUGAUGGAGGAGUCCACAGAUGCAGCAAAGAAAGAAACAGCUAAGGAACCAAAGUUUUCAAAGCCCUUUCCUUCACCUAAGUUUUCACUGAAACCUUUCAAAAGUUCUCACACACGUCACACCUCAUGUGGCGAUGACAUUCUCACAGAUGCAACAGAUGCUGAAAAAAGUGAACUUAAAAAGUCUCGAAGCCUCAGCUCAUCAACCAUGCCACAGACGGAGUCCAAAGAAAGUUUUAGCUUAAGUCGACAGGGCUCCAACAUGUCCCUCAAUGUUAUAGGCUCAGAAAGCAAAGACACAAAGGCUCUUGAUUUCCUGAAAAAGCAGACACAGAGACUAAAGGGUUUUCUUGGGCCCAAAGGAGAGAAAAAGAAUUCAGGAGGGUUAAGUACUGCAGAUGACAAGCAAAUGAAAACUGUCCCUGAAGCAUCAGUGGAAGCUUCCUCUAAAGGGAAAGAAACACACUCUGAUUCAGUGUCAGCAUCAACAACUGACAAUUCCAAAUCAAUCAAUAAGCCAAGUCCAUCUCGUUAUCAGUCCUCUACCUCUACUGUGCUAUUCAGCAGCAACCUCAGGGAUGACACCAAGGUAAUCCUUGAGAAAAUCUCUGCAAACAGCCAGAAGAAUAGACAGGAGCUGGCCAAACAAGCUGACGAGACUGGAAAUGUUGAGGGGGAAAAAGGAGGUCAUGUUUCAAACCUCGAUCGUGAGCCAGUCCAGCGUUUCCAGAAUCGAAACCGGUUCAACCGAGCUCAAGUCAACCCUCAGGAGCGGGACAGCCUACUGAAGAGAAUAGAGAGUAUGCGCAAAGAGAAGAAGGUCUACAGUCGCUUUGAGAUGGGGAAUAACCUUGGAUAACAAAACAUGACAUACAGUCUACAAAAAGGUGUGAGACCUCAAAAAAAAGGUGCCAACAACUGAUGUGAUAAACUCUGAAAAAGUGCAUUGAAAAAAACAACCUAAAAUUUGAGGAGUCUGCCUAAAGUGAGAGGAAUAUUCCUCAGACUGUGCCAAUCUGGGGCCCGCAGUCAAAUUACUCUGCCCUUAAAAGGCAUCAGCGCACACUGCCUAAAACCAGAGAUCAAACAUUAUCCCCACUGGAUAUAUAAACACACCAGGCCAAGCAAGUGUUUGAAUUUUUUUUUAGAAGUUUCAUGACUUGUGCAUUUGUCAGUUUGUGCAGAGUUCAGUAUUUGUGACUUUUCAAUAUCACACCAUUCUCAGGUGUGGACUGACAUGCCUAGACAAAAGUAUAAGUAUGACAUGGGGGGGGGGGGGGGGGGGAAUCAUACAUACACUCCACUCCAAGAUACAUCAUGCUAUAACCACAUCUGUGGUUUAGCUGUGCCAAUGGAAUACAUGUAUUAAGAAGUCCAAACAGGGCUUUUUUUGGGGGGGGGACCCUCAGCUUGAGGGAAAAACAAAGCAGUGUGAAAAUGUAGAAGGGGAUGGUAUGAGAGAGGCAAGAGAGAGAAUGUGAGUGGAAAAUCUCAACACGAGACACUGCGACAGAAGUGAGAGAGAAAAGAAAAUGUAAGGAAAAAGAAAGUUUUGAGGUUUGUUAAAGCAGUCAGGGUCACUAUUAUGCUGGCAGACAGGAGGUUAAUAACUGAGCGCAGACAUGUUCUUAACACCACUAAUUUGGGGAUAUUCACUUUUGGAUUAUUUAGGACCUACACUGUUCUCCUUUAAAUGGUGAGACAGUCAAGUCAAAAUUGUAAACAAAUUUGCAAAACUAUAGAAUUAAAACGCAUGGAGCAAAAUUUCAGAAUAUAUAUGGGUAGUUCUUUGGGAACGGAAUUACAUUCACAGCAAAACGUGGUACCUAUUUUAGUUGCAGUACUUAAGAUAAUGGUAUUAAAUAAAAAUUUCACUGUAUGGGGUAUCUUCUAACCCUAAAAAAGCAUAGAAAAACUGGCUAUGUUUAACUCUGUGAACACAAAAUCUUUUAUAAGGAAAGAAAAGUCAGUAAUGGAAUUAUGUCAGAAAAAAACUGAACUUUAAUUUCUUAAACUUCAAACCAAUAUUUCUCUGAAGCGACAUUGCUAUAAUUAGGGUGAUUUUUUUAAAAUAUGGUUUUCAGUACAUUUUGCCUUGGGUUCCAUGCUUUAGCAAUAUCACUGAGCUGGGGUAGGUCUCCCGAUAACGUUGCCCUUUAGGGCUAAAGAGUGUGUUGAGAGACUCUCUUAAGCAACGAACAUUGUUUCGGUACGUGGUUUUCCCGAACUCACUUGCAAGAAGGAGUCUUAACAGCAAUAUUACGAAGAGCUUCUUUGCAAUGCACAUCCCCGAUAUAAGCAUUAGUAGUUGCUAAAUCCGGUCAAUGAGGUCACGUGGCGUUCGUUUUUUUUUUACCAAAAAACAAUGAAAUGUAAAGUGUUAAAAUAUUGAAUUGUCAUUAAGACUUACAUAUAUAAUGUGGUAAUUAAUAAUUGAAACUAUUUUACAUUUUUGGGCAAUAUUUUUUUUUUUAUUCCAAGCGUGUUUUCUUUAAUUAAAUGAAUAAAUGUUCACAUGAAAGAAUGAGCAAAUAAUAAAAUAAAUAAUUAAGUAAAUGUGUUCCCUGUGCUCGCUCAUUUCACUGUUACCCAAAUAUACAGUCAGGAUUAUUUCAACUGCUAUCCACAAUGCCAGGUUGGUAAUGUUCUCCCUUACAUGUGUGCACGUGCACAGAGAGAGGUUUUGAUCCAUUUGUGUACCUAAGGAGGUUGAAUUGACUUCCUUUUUUAUAUAUACACACGGGCGGCACGGUGGUGUAGUGGUUAGCGCUGUCGCCUCACAGUAAGAAGGUCCAUGUUCGAGCCCCGUGGCCGGCAAGGGCCUUUUUUUUUUUGCAUGUUCUCCCCGUGUCCGCAUGGGUUUCCUCCGGGUGCUCCGGUUUCCCCCACAGUCCAAAGACAUACAGGUUAGGCUAACUGGUGACUCUAAAUUGACCGUAGGUGUGAAUGUGAGUGUGAAUGGUUGUCUGUGUCUAUGUGUCAGCCCUGUGAUGACCUGGCGACUUGUCCAGGGUGUACCCCGCCUUUUGCCCGUAGUCAGCUGGGAUAGGCUCCAGCUUGCCUGCGACCCUGUAGGAGAGGAUAAGCGGCUACAGAUAAUGGACGGAUGGAUAGAUGGUGGUGAGAUCAAUGUGACAUUACGAUAUCCAUACGUGAUUCCAUAAUAUAUUGAAAUAUAUUCAUAAUGUUUUUCAUAUAUUUAUUUAAUAAUUAACUCAAUGGGGCGGCACGAUGGUGUAGUGGUUAGCAGUGUCGCUUCACAGCAAGAAGGUCCUGGGUUCGAGCCCAGCGGCCGGCGAGGGCCUUUCUGUGUGGAGUUGUCCAGGGUGUACCCCACCUCUCGCCCAUAGCCAGCUGGGAUAGGCUCCAGCUUGCCUGCGACCCUGUAGGACAGGAUAAGCGGCUACAGAGGAUGGAUGGAUGGAAUUAACUCAAUGUACUCGCAAUGUACAAGAAAAAUAAUUGAACACCAGCAACAGAUUCAACACCAGUUUCCCCUGCUGACUGUGAAAGUCCCUCGAAGCCGCAUGCACAUUCUGUGUAUUCGGCUGUGAGGAGACGCUCUUUGUUUUGAAUGAGUGGUCCAGGUCCUUUGUAAAUUCAGAGCAAACUAAAGGAUUACUUGGGCUAUGAUGUUGUUCGGGAAAACCACGUUAGCUUGACGACGGCUCUUAGGAGGUAACUAGAAAGAUACUCUUGGCCUUAAGAGGCUUUUGGCAAACCGAACCCUGACAAGUUAAGGCAAUCUUAAUUUUGGCUGCUCUGCUGAAGAAUUGCUCAUAUUAUGAGAAUAUAUGUUUAGUAUACUAUAAUCAGUAGUAGUUUUUGACUUCACUGUCUGCUUUUGGAAGACAAUGUAGUGUAUAUGAUUCAGAGUUGACAUUUUGAACAUAGCUCUGACAAUAGAAGGUGAUUGUAUCAUACAUGGUUAGAUAAUUAUAGUCUCAGGACUGGGCCGAGGCUCUAUUUUGUCAGUGCAGUGUUAGUACCAAACAAACCGGUACUGUUAAAGACCAAAGAACUUCGUAUGCAUCUAAUCAGGUGCAAGCUGUAAAACAUUAUAGGUAUUUGAUAGACAUAUGAUUACAUUUUACUAUUGAUACCAUGUUGAUUAUGCUUUUGUCUCCAUUAUAAAUUUUGGUUAACAUAUUGUAAAUUUUGUAUUAUGUGAACAAAUAAAAACUGAAAUUCUGAAUA